UUAGUGGUUCUGAAUUGAGGAGACAGAUCUCAUCAGUCAACUGCAAUAUUGGGUUUGAGAAAUUUCCCUCCACCAGGCCAGAAUGGCUAUAAAAAAGCACUCAGUUACUAUAUCAUAUUUAUCAAAGCUGAAAACUUGCUUACAUAAUAGAUUGUGUGAUUCCAUGGAGAUCACUCGCCAUUAUUUGUGCUUAUCCAUCUUCUUCUUGCACUCUCUAAUGCUUUGCUUAACCAUUAAUGCCCAUACCAACAUUACCACCGACAAACAUGCCCUUCUUUCUCUCAAAUCUAAAAUUUCUUUUGAUCCUCAUAGCAUUUUAGCUGACAAUUGGUCGGUUAACAGCAUAACUCCGUGUAACUGGAUUGGAGUCACUUGCAAUUCUCGUCACAAUAGAGUGUCUGCUUUGGAUCUUUUCAACAUGGGUCUUGUUGGAGAAUUAACUCCAGACUUGGGAAACCUUUCUUUUCUUGUUUUACUUAACUUGAGUCAAAACAAUUUUCAUAAUUCCUUUCCUCGAGAGCUUUCUCAAUUGCGACGCCUCAAAAUUCUUCAGUGUAGCAUCAAUAACUUUAGUGGGAAUAUUCCAUCUUGGUUUGGUCUCUUACCAAACCUUAGAUUUUUGCAUUUGGGGAAUAAUAACAUUAGAGGUUUUUUUCCCACAUCCCUUUUUAAUCUUUCAAAACUUGAGGUCUUACAUUUAGGAGUUAAUUCUCUUGAAGGGAGUGUUCCUAGAGAAAUUGGCAAUCUUCCCCAACUGACGUGGUUAGAUUUUAGCCUUAAUCAUCUUAUUGGAUCUUUUCCUUUGGGUAUUUUAAAUUUGUCCAAAUUAGAAACUAUAUCUCUUUCAACUAAUAACUUAUUUGGUAAACUUCCCCUUGAUCUUGGAAAUCAUCUUCCUAAACUCCAAACAUUUAAUAUGCGUUAUAACAAAUUUAGUGGUCAAAUCCCAUUAAGUUUAUCUGAAUGCUCAUUGCUUCAAACUAUGGCUCUAUCUUACAAUAAUUUUAGUGGGCAUAUACCAGAAGAAUUUGGAAACUUAACAAAGCUUGAGGAGUUAUCCCUUGGUAGAAAUCCGUUAAGAGGACCUAUGCCAAAGGAACUUGGGAAUUUAAGCAUGCUUCAAACCCUAUACAUUGGACAUUGCAACUUUGGAGGUGUAAUACCAAAAGAGUUGGGUAAACUUCAUAUGUUGGAGGAACUAACUUUAGAAAUCGCUAACUUAAGUGGGUCCAUACCCAAGGAAAUCUUCAACAUUUCUUCUUUAAAAACAAUUUCAUUUUCGUUCAAUAACCUUGUGGGCACACUUCCUUCAAGCAUGGGGCAUGCUCUAUUGAACUUAUAUGAACUCUAUCUUGAAAACAAUACGCUCUCUGGAGUGAUACCAGACUCUAUCUCAAAUUGUUCAAAGCUUAUUAGGAUAGAUCUUGGCAGCAAUCAUUUCAGCGGCACAAUCCCUACAUCUCUUGGUAAUCUAAGGCUCCUAAACGAACUAUCUCUGGAUGAAAACAUGCUCACAAAUGAUAUUGCAUCUCAAGAGUUAAGUAUUAUCAGCUCUUUGAUUAUAACCCUCUAA